AUGUGUGUGAAAUAUUUUCACUACGUCCCAUGGGCUUCACUUUUUGCCCUUAUCAUUUCUGUUAUUGGCUCUAUCAUGUUUAUCAUCCUUUUUGAUGGUGCAUUACAAGGCUUUUCUGAACAGCUUAAUGUAUUAGUACCGGUGGGUACAUUUUCGAAAUUUCGAUGGCUUUUUAUCGCUAUUACAUUGCUUCUUAUCAUUGCAGUUAUUGGUUUCCUGUUUGUUGGAGCAGCCGCUACAACCGUAUCAGUUCGUUUUCACACGAAAGCAGAUAUACCUGAUGAACGAUCAUUUCUUAUUCGAGUCAGCACAUCACCGUGUAUUCUUGGCUUAUUAUCAUUGGUACUUAGUACUUUAGUAAUAUUCUGGUGCGCAAUUGUAUCAAUUAAUGCCGUAUUUGCGUCAUUUUACAUUGUAUUUAUUACUGCUAUAUACUCAUUUUGUAAUAUGGUUGAUAAUCAGUGCUUUGAUUUCACCGUUUUACUACCUGCUAUUGUUAAUCGAAUUAACAAUAAGAAAGUGGAUUUGAAAUUUUGCAAAGACAAAAAGGAAGCGUUAUGCGCGGCGGAGAAUAAUCAAAUUUGGCCAUUUAUUGGUGCUUUAUCAUUUUGCUUUCUUACUCUUGCAGGAUUAGUAUAUUUUCUAAUGUGUAUGAGUGCUAAUUACACAAGGAUUCGUUCUGAAAGACGGGCACGUAAAGGUGAGCAUUAUGCGAUGAAUCAGGGUACCGUUGAUUCUAAUUCAUUCAUUCUUACAAAUAUGGGCAAAUAA